UCAGAAGAUAAAUGUAUAUUUUAUAUACGAUUAAUUUAGGGUCUGGAAAAUUAAAAGCGACAAGAUGAUCGAUAUUUUGUCGCUGCCGCGCCGGAAUAAGGUGUCCGGGAAUCCGGCCCUUUUGAAGAUGAUUUCAUUUAAAACCGGACUGCCUAUCAACAGUCUGCCGGGAUGGGAGCUGAUUCCACUCAACUGUAAGCUGCCUAUGCUUAAAUGCCCCGGGAACCAGGUCAUAUUCUCGAAGAACAAGAUCGGACAGGAUUUCAAAAGUGGUAAACAGGAGUUCGAAUGCUCUGUUACCGAGCACAUUCCAGAGUAUAAUCCGCUCCACGACUCGAAUCUAAAGACCUUUUACUCUAACGAGCGUAACCUGAAACGCUUGCGGGAGAACGGAGAGAUAACGCAGGACAAUGAUGUAAUUUGUAACCUGAAAGACUUCAACCACCAUCGCCAGGAGUUGCACAAAUCGCAGCUCUACUAUAUUUUACAGGCAUACAAGCGAAGGGAGUCGGAGCAAUAUGAUAGGAUGCUGAUUGCUAAUGCGGAGUCAAUUACAAAGAAGGAUCAUCAGAAUUUGGCAGCUCGGCACCAGUGCACUGAGGAGGUUCUUGCACGGAAGCAGCUACAGGAGCAGGAACGCCACGAAAGGAAGGUGCACUUGCUGAACAUCACUUAUGAAAAGUUUAAGCGCUUGGAGAACUUGGCCACAAUGCAGAAUAUGUUGCUGGAACACCGCAAGAUGCUUACCAAUAUGCGAGUAGCUGCCCAUAUAAGCAUGUGUCAGGAUCUGAUGAGAAAGCUUUUAAUCAAGCAGAAGAAGCUCUUUCAGUUCAAAAAGGAUCGGUUUAACAAGAACAUGCGAAUCCUGCGGAAACAAAGGCUGGUUAAGAACACAGAGCACCAGAUUCAAUCGUGGGGGAAGAGAUUGGAUGAGCGCAUUGCAAAUCAGCGAAGAAUCAACUACCUCUUACAAGAAGUGGAGAAGGAGCGAGAGGCGUUCAUAGAUAGACACAAAGCUCUCUACCGAGAAAAGUGGCAGCGAAUUCAGGAUGAGAUUAAGGAGAGAGCUCAAAAAGCCAUCGUUGCUCGCCAGCCCAAGAGAAAGCGACGUAAGAAGAAAAAGAAGCCGGAACUCCAAGAGCGGAAACCAUCCUUUUGCGAUGAGUAUCAGACCACUUUCGAAGGUUUGCUGGACAGUGAGCUUUGUUACGCUUUGAAUGCUGCUAUUGCCAUGGAGGGACAGACCGCUCUUACCUUUGCCCCAGAUGACCCUAUCUAUAAGGCGGCGCAAUAUAUACGAGACUACAUUAUAUCUGGAUUAAACGAGGACCUCAGCGACGACGAGUGUGCCUUACAGGUACUGAUCUCACGAAUCAAAGACUUUGUAUGCGAUGCCAAAAAAUAUGUGCACUAUAAAGCCUAUCAGAUCAUCGGAUUCGCCAGGGACCACAAGGCCAUGGAAGUGCCGCCGUCGUUGGCCAAACCGCCAAAGAAUCACUCUCGGGCCUCUCAUGUCUCCUUUAGCGGCGUGGCGAGCACUAUUGGCGUGGGCAGCUACGAGAUUCAUCCGUUCGUUGACAUCCGUCCGUGCGGCGAGCGACGGCCCACGCCGGCGGGAUCUUUAGCCUCGUUGGUGGUAAGCCAGAUAGGAGAGCAAGUGAUCCAAGACAAGGUGCGCCUACCGCACUUGAAUCGCAACCAGAUCGUGUUUAUAGAACACUACCUAGUGAAGUUCAAGCGGGACCUACUGGUAGGCCUGGACAAGUUGGUAUUUGCGGCCAUACAGUGUCACUUCGAGAAUCGCAUGAUGGAAUUACGUGAAGAACUCCUGCUGCUGGACAGGAACUACCUUUUCGAGCAGAUUGCCAGGGGCAUCCUUAGCUAUGCGGUUAACCCUCUUAACUACCAGUCGGUACUUAAGUUGGCUGUAAGCGUUCUGUCCUGCGAGAUUAUCUGGGAGCUGCAGCAGACCAUGCUCAAGCCAGGAAUUGAUCCCAGGGGUCAGAAUCACCCCGUUUCCUGCGGCACCGAGAGAGAACGGGAGACCUUGGCUCUAUGCAUACCCUAAAAGCCUGAUAUGGAGAGUUGGGCGAUAAAGAUUGGUUUCCACACGCUGGUUUUUCAUUCCCUAGCAGAAUAAUUCUUAUAAAUUGCAUGUAUUAGUCAAAGAAACAUUUAAUUUCUAUGUAUAAAGAUGUCCUAAAUUUACGUACAGUUUCACUCGAUUUUGUUGCAAUUGUUUGUGAUUAAUAAACGCGUAUAUUGUUCAAUAA